AUGGCGACAAAUAAUCAUGGUCACUCUAUUAAGUCUGCCAAACAAAUUCGCUACAUCAUUGAUCAUGUCUUCCUCCCAUCGCAGUUGCCUCAAGAAGAUGACUACGAGGACAAGCUCGAGGAAGCCUUACUACAGACCGUACUAGCAGCACUCCGCAGCUUUAAGGAUCAUAUGGAAGGUUAUGAGCCAGAUGUGCUCGACUCGAUUAUCAACUCGUUACGGUCCCUACAGCAGUCCGUAUCUGACGAGAAGGGUCUCCUGCAAGCAUUUGACGAGUUUUUGAUAAAAAAUCAUGGGACUGUUGUAUUUCAUGUCAAGGAACAGAAUGCUGGCCUCAUGUUCACAAGGUCAGAUGCGUCAGUACACGUUGAAGUUUUCGAGCUUUCUGCCAAGAAUAGUUCUGUGAUGUCUAAAAAGGGAAGACUACGACGAGUCUUCCCAGGCUCUUGCUCGGCUCUUCCUUUAGAGACUUUCCAACUCCCCGACUUUCAAGCCUCAAUAGCUCAUACAUUAGUCAAGAUGAGCCACCAGAGAGCUCGCGAUACUAAACCUCGGGUCAAAAAGGCUGGGAAAAUGCAAGAUGAAGAUCGAGACACCACCCACCCGAAGAUGGUCACCGAUUUUUUCUCGUCACUUGUGUCAUAUCUGGGGAGUCCAGUACAAGUUGAUAGUAUCUGUAAGCACACACGUGAAGAGGUUUUCUGGCGAAAUUGCAAGAUGCCGUGGCAUAGAUCAGCAUUGUGGCUGCUUAUUCGCGUCGCGUUACAGCUUCAGUUCACGCGGUCGGUCGCAUUACACAAGUGUCCCGAACAGGCCUAUAAGAUAUUCAAGAUAUUCUUCAUGACCAAGAUCUUAACUCGAGCGCAUGGUUUCAACCUUUCAAGUGACCUCUUAUCAGCUAUGAGUUCGAAGCUGUCUCGUCGGUGUCAGAAGGCUGCUGGAUUCGCCCCAGAAUAUAUCGUUGAGUCUGUCAAAUCCACACUGUUGGCAACUAACCACAUCCUCAAAGGCAGAUUGUCUAAGAUACAGGAACAGAGUCAGAUUCAUGUUUCACACAACAUGAAGCGCCUUGAAGACAUAGAUCUCGAAAGAGAUACUCAUAUCCGGCUUCCGAAACUUGACGAUUACAUCGGCUGCAUAGACAACCGAGGACAGGGAAGUGGUGCUACAGACCUGAAAAUAUCAUCACCAUUAGAAAUUCAUGAUUCCUCUCAGAUCCCAGACUUCAAAAAUCCGCUGGAUAAUGGAGACAUGACGUAUACUCUAGCGGCUGUUGAGUUUUGGGUCGCGGACAGCCUCCCACGAUGGAUAAAAAGGAAUCAACGGAGCUCUGAGACCUGUCGUGUUUUGCAAGGGUUGAUCGUCGACUACUUCAAGGCAGCGCGUGACCAUUAUAACGGAAAUCCUGAGAUGACUUCUAUCAUGAUCCUCACUCUCCUAGAACUAUGGGUCGCGUCUGAUAGAUCCGCAGUACAAAAUUCUCUACUGUUGGCAUUGUACAAACCAGCAAUACCCAUCAAACUCCUGGAGAAUCUGAAUCUGCCUCUGAGAGAACACAUGGAGAGGCUCCUGAAGGUGGAGAGGUACUUGCUCAUGCGCAGAUCCCAAGCCCCCUACUCUUAUUACGACAUAUUUCAGAGCUUUGGUACUUCUCGUAGUUUCUCUGUCGCGUAUUUCGAUCAAUCAAAUGAGCAUCGGAACCUACUUUUGCGGAUUGAAGAAGAUGCACUGGCAGCCAGAGAAGAGAAGCGGCAGGAAUUCCGGGCUGCACGACAGAAAUUUGAAGAUCUCAUGCAGCGUUCGAGAAACUCCGAGCACAAGUAUACCACGAUCGUCGAUCAGAAAACGUUUGAAUAUUCUGACCACCACAAUAAGCACAAUUGUCCGAAGUGUGAGCUUGAACAGGAGGCAUUGGAUAUGGAGAUAGGCAUACAUGAGUGGCCACUACCGGAUGACGAACUUCGAGCCAAGUCGACCGUUUUCGAGCUAUGGGUUCCUCCUUUCUUUGGCCACUGGCGUGACACUACCAUGUUCAUAUGGUUCGACGUCCUCGGCUCCCGAUAUCAAGCCAGGACAACGGAACAGUCGAGAAACACAUUAGACGACCCUCUCGUAACCCGCUAUUUCGAACCAUUCAGUUCCGACCAGCGGAUAAUCUUGAUGUCUGGAGCUAAGUCCAAUACACGCACGCAUCGCAAGUUGAAGGAGUUGUCCACCCAUAAGGAAGACGAUGUCUGCCUUCGAAAUGGACUCAAUUACAAGUACUUCGACGAUCAGGAGGGCUGCUUUGUUACCCAGCUGGAGACUACGGAAGUCAUACCCAAAUUAUGCACAUACUGUAUAUCAGAGAACCCGACUAAGCAAGUAUCACCGAUUCAGCAAUUCAUCAAUCGCCCGGCAUCCGAUCCUCAUGGCCCGCCACCCAAUACAGUAUUGGCCUCACAAUCGGAAUGUCCUGGUGAUGUAUCUCUGGAAGAGUAUAAGGCGCUCGCGUCUCUUCCCCUAGGGUCCAGCAUUCAGUGGCAGAAUUUAUUGGUGCAGCUCGCAAUGCCCAGUAUCAACUUUAAAAUGGAAGAUACGAUACUUGUUAUUCUUCAAUGUAUCUUCCAAGUAGGCCGACGUGACGACGAUAGUGUACUAAGGAUGGGUCAUAAAGUCCUCGGUGACAAGAUCUUCGUCCGUGCAAUGCUAAGUUGCCUAGACGAGGCACUGGGAAGGAUAAAGGAAAACUGGCAAUCCUUCCAAGCUUUAGGUGUAUUCGUCUCUAUAUCGAGACGUUUGCUUUCCCUAGCACCCGCAGAAGUUAGCCAAGAUUGUCUCAAAUUCCUUACUGCCACCCGGUAUGUUGCUUUGAGAUGGAUCCAAAUCCUCGACGAAAAGAUUCAGAGUGCCACGGACAAUGGCAUCCGGAAGGACUUGCGAUACAAAGUAUCCAGGAUAGCAUUGAUCUGCGGGGAAACCUUCAACAUCGAUAACGAACACCUGCGUAAUCUCUUAGCUUCGCCUCAUGAUGCAUGUAUCAUGAUACGGUGCGCUAUUGUUUUCCAGGGAGUGUUAUCCCACGUCCCAAAAACGGAACAGGGUCUAGAUUUCAUUAUGCGUCAACGCUGGGAUCAACUCUCGUACCGAAGUUUCAGUAUUCUUUCGGAGCAAAUCACCCACCACCACAACCCAGCGCUAAACGAUGCUAUCAAGGAGACUUGGCCUGCAUUCCGUCCGAUUAACGCGUGGCAUGUCAUGGGUCAACCAUUCCACCACUGGAUAGAGACAAAUUCAGCACGGGAAGAAGGACCUGGCUCACUCUCAGUUCAUUUCAGUCUAUUGACGGGCGAGCUUCUGAUAGACGGCAGCCCUUUGGGCAGACUCCCUAAAAAAUACCAGCGACAUCACAUGCAUUCGACUUUAUUCGGCAAGUCAAUAUUAGAUGUUAGACCCAGCGCUGUUCCCGGAAUGCGCUUUGCUUCCAAGAAAGCGUUUCAUGGGCAUCUCGUGGACUUUGGGAUGAACAACGAGGAUCUUUACAUCCGAGCCGUGAUCGAGGAUCAAAUACUCGAGCUUAUCCCACGAACUAUCUUCCAAGGCUUCUUUCCCACAGUUUUUGUUGACAACUUUGUUCAUUGGUACAAUAAAUCCAAAGGCUACGUGGAAUUUUGUAGUCAGGACCAUCCAUGGGACCACUCCGAGAGCAACUGGAAAUUAGUCCGCUCGGGAAGUACAUGGAAAUUAGUCAAAGGCGAUUCAAUACUUGUCAACUUGGGUAGCUAUACCGCAUUACGAAUAUCAGAUAUUUUGGACCAUCUUGAGGAGGCCCCCUGGAUUCACUUCAUCCUUCGCGGGUCCACUCUAGAUAUUGAACUCCCAAGGUUGAAACUUGGCUUCUUUACGAAAAAGGGGGAAAUGUCAAUUUUCUCUCGCCAGUUUCGCGGAAUGGUAAUAGAUGGGAACCAAUCAAUUGGAACCCUUAUAGGCCUAAAGACCAAGCUUGUCUUGAGAGGGCAAAAUGACGGGAUCCGACGCAAGGUUAUCAUUCCGAGCGGGAAGAUCAUGUUCUCCAAGAAGUUGGAACAUGUGGAAGUCCAAAUAGAACAUCGACCAUCUACAAGGGCUCACUUGUACGAGAUUGACGACUUACUUGGCAGACUCAUUAACAAUAGUAGUUUGCAGAGCAAGCUCUUGAUAUCGUAUCUCCAUGGCCUCACUUCCUUCCCCUUCCCCGACCCACUCACCAAGAAAACAGGUACAGAGAACGCCUUGAAUAUUCUGGACUGUGCUGCUGUUCAGUCAUUCAAAUGCCUCACAGAAGAGGACAUUGAUUUACUACAGCAGAUCGCUGCACUCACCCCAGAACGAGUGUACUAUCCGGAGCAUGAACAUGAUAUGCAGAGUGUGAAUUGGUCGCCAGAUUUAGGAUUCUUAUCUCAGCAUGGAGAGUUCUUCCGAAAAGUGCGCUCGAUAUAUAGACAAGCUACAGAAUCCAAGUUUCUCUAUCCCGAAUCUCGCGUUACCUUGCCCGAGUUGCAUGAUGUCAACGAUACCUUACUGGACCGGGAUUUGGUUCGUUCAUCACUUUUCCAUGUCGUCGGGUCUGGCGCUGAGAACUACACGAAAGACGAUGACGUGGACUAUGAGGCCAGAGAUCGUGGAGAAUUAUCCUCCCAAGCAUCUCAAGCCGUCGCUCUAUCAAGUAUGCUAUUCGGAAGGAACUUUAGUCUCAGAUACAAGAUACCGCAGGACGUCAAAACCUACAUAUGGAAUUUCGUCAGCCUCCACGCUACAAAAAAAAGGGCCCUUGGCCCUAGCUUUACGGUAUCGGCUUCGCAAUUGAUGUACGAUUCUGGGUUACUUCUGGAGCCAUUCUCAUUCAUUGCCGAACAUUGGAUUCCUCUCCACAUAUUGUUGAGCUCUGAUAACAAGCCGAAUAAAUUCCAGAUGAUGUUCUGGCUUGGUACCAUUGCGUAUGCCAAAGACGUCGACCUAACUAUCCUCCAAAUCUUGGCUUCUUUCUACGCGGAUUCAAGAAUGGCCUCUAUCGGAGCUCCAAACAUCCACAAAUUCGAUUUAACGCAUGGCUUCAACGCAAAAAAUUGGAGCUUUGCGAAUAUUAUUAAAGAUUGUAGUCUCGGGUACCCGCAGAGUCCGGAAGUACACCUACCUAAAAAUCAUGGAGAGACCAAAAAAGAAUAUUCAAAUCGGCGAGGACGGCAAUACAGGGCGAAAAACGCAGAAGCAGUUAAGAACCUAGAAUCUGCCCUGAAAGCUCAGUGGCCCUGCGAAGUCCCGACUCGCCCAAGCGCCACGAUUUGUGAGGGACUGAUCCCGUACAUAGACGUGGAUAGGGCUAUCAACCGCGUGAAAGACAAAUUCAGGCUAUGUUACAACAAUCACCAGCUCAUGCAAUACUUCGAAGAGAUCAAUGGAGAACUCUCUCGGGAGAAGGGCAGUGUAAAAACCGCGAGGCGAAUACCGCUUACUACGCUUCUAAGUCCUACAACAAAGUGGGGAUUUAUCGGGGACAAGGACGUAUUCGACUCUUCAGCCCCUACGGGACUACCAGAUAUGGCGGAAGAUGUUAUAUCUCUACUUGAAAGUAACAGCACCCAGACGCCCCGUCUCCCAUCUCUACUAUCGAGACUCGGAGAGCAGGCACAGUCGGGCUACGAGAAUGAUUACGUGGAAGAUCUGGGAAGUAGCGUGGAGUCGCUGAAGGACUGGAGAAAAGAAUAUAAACUGUCUUUGUCUAAGCAGGAGAUCGAAGACCGUCUUAAUUCCCACCAAGAAGCAUGUCAAGCGGUAGUCGAUGAAAUCUACACCAAAAUGUGCGAGGUGGUUAAGGAUAGCCUUCGGGAUCGACAUGCCUCGAGCCAGCAUUGGCCGAGAAUAUCCCCAAUCUUCUUCCUAGAACGACUCUCUCAUCGCUACUGGAAUGACCUUCCAGAGGGUUGGAAAACAUGGAUCGUCCACUACGGAGUUGCCAUUUCCCGACUCCAACGUGCGCAGCGCUUACUGAGAGCCAUCCAUAACGAACCCGUUCUGAUCAAAGAACUUCAAAAUCCAGGUCACACAAACUGGAAUCCAAUUGAUCAACCGGACUCGCUGCUUCUAGAAAUAGAGAGCGAUAUUAUGAUUCGAGAGGUUCAGGCAAAAAUCGCGGCGCGGAUGAGAAGUCCUAAAGGCGGUGGGAAUUCCGUCAUGCAGCUAAACAUGGGAGAAGGCAAGUCCUCAGUUAUCGUGCCCGCGGUUGCUGCGGCUCUUGCAGACGGAAAACAGCUAGUCCGAGUAAUUGUUGGAAAACCGCAGUCGAAGCAGAUGUUCCAGAUGCUCGUAUCCAAGUUGGGUGGUUUAUUGGGUAGACGAAUCUACCAUCUGCCUUUUUCUCGUGCUGUGAAGAUCGAAGGUCCCGAGCUCAAGGCGAUAUCAAAGAUGUUCAACUCCUGCAAGGAUAAUGGCGGUGUCUUUUUGGUCCAACCGGAACAUAUUCUCUCCUUUAAACUCAUGGGCAUUGAGUGCAUCUUGACAGAAAAGGAAAAAAUCGGGCACUCCCUGACACAACUCCAGAAUUUCCUCGACUCAAGGACGCGUGAUAUCGUCGACGAGAGCGAUGAAAAUUUCAGCGUCAAGUUCGAGUUGGUGUAUACAAUGGGUAACCAGGAAAAAAUGGAGUUUUCCCCGGACAGAUGGAUUUGCAUCCAACAGUUGCUGGAUAUAGUCAGAACCGUUAUCUCGGAGGAGAAUUCCAAGCAUCCGGAUUCUAUUGAGCUUCACUUUCAAGCCUUCGGAUGUUUCCCGUGGACCCGAAUUAUAAACCCAGAUGCUGUAGAUCGGACCCUCCAUGGUAUUACGGAACAGAUUUGUGCACUGGGCUUCAACGGGUUCCCUAUUACGAGACAGCCGGAACUUAUACGCAGAGCAGUGGAAACAUAUAUCACCAAGAAGGAACUCACGCCAGAUAUCAUCGCAUUGAUCGAAGACGGAAGCCCCAGUGCAUUCUGGACCGGGGCGAAAGACACGUUGUUGCUGUUACGCGGUCUUAUAGCCGGAGGGGUCUUGGCAUUCGCCUUCGGACAUAAACGAUGGAGGGUUGACUACGGACUUGAUGCCAACAGAAGCCCGACCACGAAGCUCGCCGUGCCUUAUAGAGCCAAAGACAGCCCAUCGCCACGGUCGGAGUUCAGCCAUCCAGAUGUUGUCAUUAUUCUCACAUCCUUGAGCUAUUACUAUGGCGGGCUCAGCGACGAGGAUUUAUUUCUCGCAUUCAACCAUCUGCUCAAGUCCGACCAGGCCGAACUCGAAUACGGCUUGUGGGCUAGGGCUGCUAACGAUCUGGGUUCUUCUUUCAGACAAUUAGUUGGCAUUAAUCUCGAGGAUAGCCAAUGCACGGAGCAUGUGUUCAAGAAUCUUCGAUUUGUUAAAGAGGUCAUAGAUUAUUUCCUGGCACACAUAGUGUUCCCGAAAGAGAUGAAGGAAUUUCGGAAAAAGCUCUCCGCAUCAGGCUGGGAUCUCGGAGAAGAAAAGACUCAUCCGACAACGGGAUUUAGCGGGACGAAUGAUUCUCGCAAGGUGCUUCCACUUCAUGUUGAGCAGUUGGACCUCUCGGAUCAAAAGCACACCAAUGCGUUAGUGCUGGAGUAUUUACUCCAACCCGAGAACUCCGUUGAACUCAUACCACGCCGAGAUGUCGAUGUCUCGGUUGCUGACAUGUUGCUGAACACCAUCACUAAGAUGGAUCCUCCAACCCGCGUCAUAUUGGAUGUAGGAGCUCAAAUACUGGAACUCGACAAUCUAGGGGUUGCCACGACUUGGCUACAAAGAAAUUCCGACAACGGACAAAUUCAAGCCGCCGUAUAUUUCGACGACCACGAUGAAAUCUGUGUUCUAGAUCGUAAGGGGCACUCUGAGCCUUUUCAGACAUCGCCGUAUGCGACACAAUUGGACGCAUGUCUCGUCUUUUUAGACGAGGCCCACACGAGAGGCACUGACUUAAAACUGCCAAAAGAUUAUCGCGCAGCUGUCACCCUGGGCGCAAAUUUGACGAAGGACAGAUUAGUUCAAGCAUGCAUGAGAAUGAGAAUGUUGGGAGAAGGGCAAUCCGUAGUGUUUUGCGUACCGGAAGAGAUUCAGGCCAAGAUUCGAACUCGCAGAUCAGCCUUAGAUCUCGCUUCCAAUGGAGAAAUCUCCGUCUUGGAUAUCUUGGCAUGGACCAUUGGGGAAACAUGGCAAGACAUCCACAGGAGCAUGGGGUUAUGGGCUAAUCAGGGCCGACGCCAUGAAAAGCACCUGAAGUUGUGGGAGACAGCUCGGGCAUUGAAGAUGUCUAAAGAGGGGGUCGCAUUCGAAAAAGAUCUAGCCGAAAGAUAUCUCGAAGAAGAGUCGCAGACGUUGGAACGUAGGUAUCGCCCUCGUGCCAGAGGUACUAACAAUCUCGGAAUUUCAUCUGAAAAUAGCACCACGGAUCCAAUCUCCAGACGUUGUAUGGAAUUCACCAAUCUCAAUCUCGACUCGGCGACUCUCCAAGAAGAGGAAGAGCGUGAGUUGUCACCGGAAGUCGAGCAGGAAAGGGAGGUCCAAGGUCCCACCGCAGCUGAACCGGCUACACACUUCAUACAUCAAGACGUGAGAUCAUUCAUAUCUCAUGGUACUGCCAACUACGAAUCUGAAGGAUAUAGACGCGCGUUCGUGGGAUUGCGCGAUACCACUGCCGGAGCUCUCUUUGAUGUAGAUGACUUUCAAUCUGGCUUACUAGCCUCAAUGGACUUCGAACGAACCAUCGAACACCAUCACAACGGGAGUGAUGUCUUGGAUUUUUACCAACGCACUGUCCAGUGGAUCCUGACGAGCGGUCCUAACGAUAAAGUUGUCAAGCACAUGAUGGUCAUCAGCCCGUACGAAGCACAGGUGCUUCUCCCCGAGAUACAGGCGUCCGAAGUCGCUGCGUUGCAUCUAUACGCGCCCCAGUCGAGUUUAGGAUACCGCCGACUAGACACGCUGGACUUGUACACUGUCCCCGAGCGGCUGAGCCGGCGUCAGAUACCCCAGCGGCUCAUCACGGAGCUAAACCUGUUCGCGGGCCAGCUCUACUUCGACUCGUUUGAGCAGUACGUAGACGCGUGCAAAUUCAUGGGAAUUAGCUAUAACACGCGCGGAGAGGGAGAGGAGAUCGCAGCCGACGGAUUCAUACUCCGCGAUGCACUAGCAAGAGUUGGCGGCGAGUCGGGUCUUCGUUGUAGCCCAGUCAAGUUCUUCAAGGUGCUUCACACGAAGAUCCGACGUAACUGCGAGAGCAUUAGCAAGACGCAUAUGGGCAAGUUGCUGGAUAACCAGCUGCUGAUGCCGGAGGAUUUCGAGAGUGACGGAUGAUUAAGGGGUUAAGGUUGAGAUUGGGAUCGAGAUGAUUGUGAUGAAAAUUGAGAUUAAGAUGUUGGGAUGAAUUCGCUAAGUUUCACAGAUUAGCUUAGGACUUGCACUGUACUUCGUAACAUGUAAUCGCUAUGAACUCACCCAGAUUGAAAAUUACCGAUAUGUCCAAAUAUGAUGGUGGGGCACCGAACUUUUUCAGGGGUGCGACGUCUAGAGAUAUAAAUAGGUACC